CAAUGGGAAGUGCACGCCAAGGUGGAAAAGCGAGUACUGUCUAGCUAACUUCCAUUUACAACAUGGUUUCUACGUCGAUUCCGUGUUUGUGGAUUACAUUUUGCCUUCAUUUAUGUUGUUUGAUGAACACUGGAAAAGCGCAGAAUGCGAAAGAAGUGAUUCUGUUGGAUUCCAAGGCACAGCAGACAGAGCUGGAGUGGAUAUCUUCUCCUCCUGGUGGGUGGGAAGAGAUCAGCGGGUUGGAUGAAAACUAUACCCCCAUUCGCACAUACCAGGUUUGUCAGGUCAUGGAGCCCAAUCAGAAUAACUGGCUUCGGACUAGCUGGAUAGAGAAGGGCGAUGCCCAGAGGAUUUUUGUGGAACUGAAGUUCACGUUGAGGGAUUGUAACAGUCUACCCGGUGUGGUGGGCACGUGCAAGGAGACAUUCAACCUGUAUUAUCAGGAAACCGAUUCGGAGGUCGGCAGGAAUAUACGAGAGAACCAGUACGUGAAAAUUGACACAAUCGCAGCAGAUGAGAGCUUCACUCAGGGGGACCUGGGAGAGAGGAAGAUGAAGCUGAAUACAGAAGUGCGCAUCAUUGGGCCGCUGUCCAGACGAGGGUUUUACCUGGCCUUCCAGGAUGUAGGGGCAUGCAUCGCUCUGGUCUCUGUCAAAGUUUAUUACAAGAAGUGCUGGUCCAUCAUUGAGAACCUGGCCACUUUCCCAGACACUGUUACGGGAUCAGAAUUCUCCUCUCUGGUCGAGGUCGAGGGCAUGUGUGUCAGUGACGCCGAGGAGGAGGCCGAUAACGCUCCCAAGAUGCACUGCAGCGCAGAGGGAGAAUGGCUGGUGCCUAUAGGGAAAUGUAUAUGCAAAGCUGGAUUUCAUCAGAAGGGCGAUGCAUGUGAACCAUGUGGCCGUGGGUUCUACAAGUCCUCGUCCCAGGACCUGCAGUGUUCGCGCUGCCCAGCACACAGCUACAAUGACCGGGAGGGCUUGUGGCGCUGCGACUGUGAGGACGGCUACUACCGGGCGCACUCAGACCCACCCUCUGUGGCCUGCACAAGACCUCCCUCGGCACCACAGAACCUGGUUUACAACAUCAACCAGACCACCGUCAGCCUGGAGUGGAGCCCGCCGGCUGACAUGGGCGGUCGCAACGACGUCACCUACAGGAUUAUGUGCCGGCGCUGCAGCUGGGAGCCCGAGGAGUGCGUGCCAUGCGGGGGGAACGUGGGAUACUCCCCCCAGCAGGCGGAAUUAGUGGACACCUACGUAAAUGUGGUGGACCUACUGGCCCACGCCAACUACACCUUUGAGGUGGAGGCCGUCAACGGGGUCUCUGACCUCAGCCGCACCCAGAGGCUUUUUGCCGCAGUCAGCGUUGCCACCAGUCAAGCAGCUCCCUCCCAAGUCAGUGAGGUCAUCAGGGAGAGAGUGCAGCAGCGAAGCGUCCAGCUCUCCUGGCAGGAGCCUGAGCAGCCCAACGGAGUCAUCACUGAAUAUGAGAUUAAGUACUAUGAAAAAGACCAGAAAGAUCGUAUCUACUCCACAGUGAAGUCCAGAUCCACGUCAGCCACAGUGAACAAUCUGAAGCCCAGCACAGCCUACGUGUUUCAAAUCCGAGCCUUCACCACGGCCGGCUAUGGCACCUACGGACCCCGCCUGGAGAUCACUACCAAGGAGGAGGCCUCAGCAUCCACCAUUGUCUCCAGCGAGCAGAACCCCGUCAUCAUCAUCGCGGUGGUGGCCGUGGCGGGGACCAUCAUCCUGGUCUUCAUGGUGUUUGGCUUCAUCAUUGGGAGAAGGUACGCUCUCGCGGGCCCCAUUGACUCUCCACUGCUGCACUGUGGCUACAGCAAGGCAGACCAGGAAGGAGACGAGGAGCUGUAUUUUCAAUUUAAAUUUCCAGGCACCAAAACAUACAUUGACCCUGAAACCUACGAGGACCCGAACAGGGCUGUCCAUCAAUUUGCCAAGGAGCUGGACGCGUCCUGCAUUAAGAUUGAGCGAGUUAUUGGAGCAGGAGAGUUUGGGGAGGUGUGUAGUGGACGGAUGAAGCUCCCAGGGAAACGGGACACGUCAGUGGCCAUUAAAACCUUGAAGGUGGGCUACUCUGAGAAACAGAGGAGAGACUUCCUUUGUGAGGCCAGCAUUAUGGGCCAGUUUGACCAUCCCAAUGUUGUCCAUCUGGAGGGAGUGGUGACCAGAGGAAAACCGGUGAUGAUUGUGAUUGAAUAUAUGGAAAACGGCUCAUUAGAUGCUUUCCUCAGGAAACACGAUGGUCAGUUCACAGUGAUCCAGUUAGUGGGGAUGCUGCGGGGCAUAGCAGCAGGGAUGAGAUAUCUCUCUGACAUGGGAUAUGUCCAUCGAGAUCUGGCUGCACGAAACAUCCUUGUCAACAGCAAUCUCGUAUGUAAAGUAUCUGACUUCGGCCUGUCAAGAGUGAUCGACGAUGAUCCCGAGGCUGUCUACACAACAACGGGUGGAAAGAUACCUGUUCGAUGGACAGCAAUGGAAGCCAUCCAGUACCGUAAAUUCACUUCCGCUAGUGAUGUGUGGAGUUAUGGCAUUGUCAUGUGGGAAGUCAUGUCCUAUGGGGAACGGCCUUACUGGGACAUGUCCAAUCAAGAUGUGAUAAAGGCCAUAGAAGAGGGGUACCGCCUCCCUGCUCCCAUGGACUGCCCUCCAGGCCUGCACCAGCUAAUGCUGGACUGCUGGCAGAAAGACAGGGCUGAUCGACCCAAAUUUGAUCAAAUAGUUGGCAUCCUUGAUAAGAUGAUUCGCAAUCCCAAUACCUUAAAAACCCCUUUGGGAACAUGCACAAGACCGAUUAGUCCCCUGUUAGAUCAAAGCACACCAGACUUCACGACGUUCCGCUCGGUGGGGGAGUGGCUGGAGGCCAUCAAGAUGGAGAGAUACAAAGACAACUUCACCGCCGAAGGCUACAGCUCACUGGAAUCUGUGGCCAGGAUGUCAAUCGAGGAUGUGAUGAGCUUGGGGAUCACUUUAGUGGGACAUCAGAAGAAGAUCAUGAGCAACAUACAGACUAUGAGAGCCCAGAUGCUAAAUCUCCACGGCACGGGCAUCCAGGUGUGAUGAUAGACUACAGUGCCCCCUGUGGACAGGGGGGCAAAGAGCUAUAUAGAGCAGCGCUAGGGCAGAACUUCCCAGGAUAAUCAUAACAAAUCAUGUGACGUGACGUCGUCUCCUGUGUCUGACUCUGUUUUUCCGGAUGUUAUCGGAAUUAAAAUCAUUCCUUUGUUCCUUGGCAAAGGAUUUAACCCCUCUUUAGAAGGGGUACCAAGGAGAGAUUGAGAGAAUACUCCCUGGACACGAUGCCGCUCUGAGAAACUCAACCACAAAUAGAGAUGGAGCUUUGGAAAAGGAGUUUUAUCCAUAUUACCUUGUUCUUUUAACCUUAUGAAUUUUUGGGGGGGAGGGCACCAUGAAAAUGGAUUUCACUUCAAAAAGAAAAGAAAUCCCCCCGAAACUUUUUUCCCUUGCAGUGUUUAAAAUUAUUUUUUUUUAAUUCUAGUUUGUUAAUUUUGUUAGUUUCAGAAGGCACAGUGAUAUGUAUGGUACGUAAAGUAAUCUAACAUAUUUCUUUCGCGUUACAAUUUUUUCUUCCUUUUAUUUUGGACUUGACAACAGGGUAAACGUUCCCAUCAAAAGGACAGGGAGGAUGAAUAUGGUGUCUGAACAUUUUGGUGGAGAUGAUUUCGACCAGUUUGUCUUGAGACACUACUGCCUGUUUUAACUGUUUGCAGUGAGUUGUGUUUUUUCUCCCUGAUGUUUUUGAAGUGGAAAUGGCAUCCUGCACCUCAGAUCAGUGACUUCAAGGAUAGUAGUAUUCACUUGGUUUUUUCAAGCUUGUCAGAGUGGCUUGUUGUAUGAAUUUUUCUGAAGACAGAUGCUCUCGUUGUAAAAUGAAAACAUUUCAAAUUUGUAUGUAGGAAUUGCGAAACAGUUUGACACCAACAAGGCAAUUCGAUUUCAGAUUGAUCACAACUUUUAUAUCUAAUAUCAAGCAUCAAAUUGGCAAUGUUUAUGUUUACCACAUGAAUUAUUUUACCUUAUUGUCCAAUAUACUUUCAAUCUGAAAUGUUUUGUUGUUUAAUUAUUUAUUUGAACGUUUCCGCAGACAGCACUAUAGAAAGGUUGUAUUGAAACUUAAAGAGACUUGAUCCACCACAAAGGGUUUGAAAUGCCUAAACAAACAUAUUUUUUGUUGUUGGAGCAAAUGGUAUUUGUUUCCUAUUUUGGUGAAAACAGUUGUCAAGGGUGAAUCUAUGAAAGGCUGUGUAUGUUCGUUCUACAAGUAAUUGUCCCUUAAAACGAAUGUAUUCCCAUUAUUUUUCGGCACUUCUAUGUCAAGUUUUUUUGCGAUUCACUGAGACAGUCUUUUGUCGGGUUGUAUGGACAAGUUCCCUUUUUCUUUGUGGUAUCCUGUCAUCCUGAACUUGAAUAGAUCAAAUCAAGCGCAUGCACAGUGAUGGUUAACACAGUCAGUGUAGGGUAGAAUAAUGAACAGAGCAAUAAUUAGCCCAAGUGGAAAUGGUCCUCUGAGAUUUUAAGGUGCUAGGUUUUACACAAAUAUCAGUUGGGAAAAUUCUUUGGAAAUGUUCUGUCACCAACAGGAAAAAGGAAUAUGUUUUGACCUUUUUCCAGUUGAAGAUUACCUGCAUUAUAAGGCUGGGACGAUAGAUUGGUACAGUACCCCGGAAUACCGAGUUAUCAAAUAAUGAAAUAGUAAUGCCACUUACGAAAUGGUAUACCGUGGCAUGCUAAUGACUUAAUAACAAUGUCCCAGAGUAUGAGCAUGUUUGGAAUAUAUGGCUGUUACAGUGGACUGAAAUGAGUCGUACAUAUUAGUCAUGACAUCAUCUUUUCCAUUGCAGCACACUGCAUUUGCAGGCGUUCAGUUCGGUGUGAGGUACACUAACUACACUAACUAAUAUUAUCAUAAUAUAUUGAAAAUCCUAAUACUCCUUAUUAUGAUGCUCAUACUCUGAAAAUCACAUAGCGUCCCAGCCACCUGUUUAUUAAUAUGUCUCUGCUCAAACCUUUCCAGGCAAACAGGGUGAUGUAACAUGCAUAAAAGUGUUUUCUAGGCUUUUUUCCUUAACUUACCUGGCCCUUCGCAUGUUAAUCACGGCACAGAGAUAAGGAAUGGGCUCUGCAAAGAUGUGCUAAAGAGCCAACCUAAUGGUGCCAUCGCAGUCUUCUCUUUCUACAACAAAAUGAAUGUUAUCAAGUUGAAUAUGUCUCCAGCACUCUGAUGGUCGAUUCACUCAUUUCUUUGUCAUUUAAAGUAAAGAAAAUAUAGGUAUUUCCAAUUGUAAUUAUAUCCAAGGCUGUCUUUAUGGACUGAUCAUAGAUUCAGAUUUUCAAAGCUGCAGCUUUUCCCAAUGGUUUAUUUAAGACGCCUUUUAAUAUGCCUGUAGAUUGAAUUGGUCUUCAGAAAACCAACCUUGAAACACUAUCAUGGACUAUGGCUGCAAGCUUAGUUUUUGUAAAGCUAUUAGUGACUUUGUCUAUUUUUUCCUAGAUUAAUUUCCAUUGUGCUCGGUCCAAAGGGACUCACACCUGUGGGGGGGGUACCCAGGGAAUCAGACCAUGCCCAGCCUGCUCUGGGCCCCAUGUCACAGACAGACCCAUUCUUUAUCCAUACAGCAAAGCUCAGCAAUUGGGAACAUGCCAGCCCUUUGAAUUGAAUACCAGCGUAAAGUCAUUCAGUCAGCACAAAACUCCCCAGUUCACAGGAAGGCAAGCAGGCUCUCUCUUUCUUUCUUUCUCUCUCUCUCUCUCUCUCUCUCUCUCUUUCUCUACUCUCCCCUGCUCUGAUCUCCAACAGCAGGCCCCUAGGGGCCUUCACACCCCGGAGCUGGAGGCCCCCACUCCCCCUCCUCCCUCUCUCUCUGAGUCUGGGGUCCUGUAGAGACAGCAAUUUUGAGCCAAAUUGAGAUUAAGACCUGGAUACAAUCGAUCUGCCAUAUAAAUAAUCUGUAACCUUCACAGGCCUUCACAACCUUCCAUCCUCAUGGUUCCUCUCCGCUUUUACUUGGUUUCUUACCCGGUUUCUUGUUGAGGAUGUUCAAGUGAAUAUAUGGGGAUGUUGUUCUAUUUCAACAAAGCUGAAUGCAGUUUGUGUGGUGAGUUGAUUGGAUUCAGGAAUGAGAACACAUUUUAAAUACAAAGUAGAAUGGUUAUUAUUUUCAAACCUUUUGGACAAACUGUUGGAAAUUGUGGACACGCCUUUGCAAUACAUAGGUGUUGGAUGAUUCCAAAGAGUUCAGCUGUUGAUUGUGUCAGAAAGAUCUGAGGUUCGAGGGGAACUUUGUAUAUGUUCUAAUUGUAAAACCUGUACAUUUUUAUUUAUAUAGUUGUCUUUUUACACACAUUACUCUGUAGUGAGCUCUGAAUACAUUGAAAAUGCACUAUAUUUUUCUAUCUCACUUGCAGAUGAUUAUUGUCACCCAGAAGAUUUCAGUUGUACAUACUUUCUCAUUUAGGACCAAAGACAGGUUUUCCAUUUAGAAUUGUAUUUUGUUUUUAUUUUCUCUUUUAGUUUAAUGUACAGUUAUAUGAAUUGUCAAUGUAUUAUUUAUUUUUUCUGUGAUGAGAGUAUUGAGUAUUCAUCGGUCAAGAGUAUUUUCCCCAAACAGCAGAACUUUAAAAUCAUUACUUCUUAGACAAUUUCCUGUUACAUAGGACAUUUCUUUUUUGCUUUGUAACCUUUGUAAUAGACUGUACAUAUAUUUUUGAAAAUAUAAUACAAUCUCUAUAGAAA